CCAAUCGAUAACUGCCAAACAGCUGGUUGGAAAACAAAUAAAAACAAGGCGCUGUUGUUAUGUUUUUGUUUUUAAGCCGUCCCAUGGGGACGCUUGGCGAUCGUAUGCGAGUAGUGCGUGAGCGCUUAGGAGAUGAAUUUCUGGACAAACUUGACGAACUGCAUUUAAAUGCUCUGCGCACUGGCCUAGUGUCCAGAGCAGAUUUGCAAGAAGCAUAUCGCAUGGCGCGUGACAUGAACACCAAUCAUAACCGUCUAAACUUCUUGUGGCUUCUGGGGAUUAUUUUUUUCAUAAUGAUAGCGACACCUAUUUUCUAUGAGACCAUUUCGUUUCUACUCGGCGUUCGCUGCUUCUUGCCUAACAAUCAUCUGGUCUGGGAGGCAACGCGUCCAAUCAGUGAUUGUGAGUUCUGCAAGGGUGUUGCGGCGCCUCUAAUUUUACCCAAUCUGACUCGCGAAGACUUUGCUCGCUAUGCAUACUCCUCUCGACCAAUAAUUGUGAAAAAAGCCAUUGCUCAUUGGUCAGCAAAGCAAAGUCUCAAUUAUACAUCUAUAAAAGAGCUGUAUGAGAGCGUACCGGGCUCUUUGGAUACCGCAUGUCAGUUCCAGCAUUUCAAUUCGGAUCUCAAGUCAUUGCGCGACGUUUUCAGGAUGUCGCCAAAGCGUGUAAAUCUAAGUGAAGGGUCGCCCUGGUUCGUGGGUUGGAGCGUUUGUCAGCCUAUGGUUCUGGCGGAGCUGCGUAAGUUGUAUCCACGACCACACUUUCUGCCAGUGGAUGCCGAAAUGCCAAGCACGGACUACAUAUUGAUGGGCUAUGAGCAGGGCGCCGUCAUGCAUUUGGACUAUAUUCCACGUCUAAUGUGGCAGGCACAGCUGCAAGGCAACAAAAGUUGGUUUUUGUCUCCCGCGCCGGAAUGUGACCACCAAUGCCAGUCGUUUUUCUUCUAUGUGGAACCAGGUGAUGCUGUACUGGUGGAUACACGCAUUUGGUAUUAUGCUAACACCAUACCCAGAGGACAAUUCUCACUCACUGUGCAGUCCGAAUACGGAUAAAUAUUUAAUAAUUAGAUUUAAGAGUUUGAUGAAACUAUACUUCCCAAUUUAUA